AAUCAAUAUGUGCUUUUAAGUUUCUUUCUAAAUAAUUUAAGUUUUUUUUCGACAUAAAAAUUUAAUCUACCCACACAGAAGAGAAAAUUUAGUUGAGUUUGGCGAUCCUCUUGAAAUGACAUUUCUGAAAUCUAAUUUCACGAGUCAGUAGCAGUCGCUGCUCGCUAGUGUCCGAAAACGGUACUCAUCAUUCUCCCAAUUACACCCCCUUCCCAGAAAAUCAACACUAGUUCAAUUUCUACACCCACUUUUACCAUUUCAACACUCGAUCUAACUAACAUGAAGCUGCGUUUUCCAAUUUUUCUCAUUUCACUGCUCCUCGUCCUGCUCUUCUCAUUCUCUUCUUCAUCGAAACCCAUAGACCCAUUCCUCGGAAUCGCACCCCAAGAUGUAAAAUAUUUCAAGUCUCAUGAUGUGAUUAGAUGCAAAGACGGAUCCGCAAAUUUCAACAAGGAGCAGCUCAAUGACGAUUUCUGUGACUGCCCCGAUGGAACCGAUGAACCUGGUACAUCAGCGUGUCCGCGUGGGAAAUUUUAUUGUCAGAAUGCUGGGCAUGCUCCUGUCUAUCUGUUUUCGUCUCGAGUUAAUGAUGGAAUUUGCGAUUGCUGUGAUGGAAGUGAUGAAUAUGACGGUCAAGCAAAGUGCCUAAAUACCUGCUGGGAGGCUGGGAAAGUUGCUCGAAAUAAGCUUAAAAAAAAGAUUACCACAUAUCAAGAGGGCAUCAAACUGCGAAAACAACAAAUUGAACAAGCAAAGUUAUCAAUGGAGAAGGAUGGUGCAGAGCUUUCUAAAUUGAAAAACGAAGAAAGUAUACUUAAAGGGGUUGUGAAACAGCUAAAGGACCAUAAAGAACAAAUAGAGAAGAUAGAGGAGAAGGAGCGUCUGCAGAAGGAAAAAGAAGAGAAGGAGAAGAAAGAGGCUGAGGAGAAGGCUAAUGAAAAAACAAUUAAAAUCGAUGAAGAAGACACAAAACAUGAAAAUGAAGCUGAAACGGAUUCACACGUUGAAGACAAUACUGUGGCAAGUAGUCAUGAUAAAACUGAAGUUCAAGAGGAUUCUCUGGUUGAUCAGGAUGAAGCUGGGGAAAAGCUAGCCGACACACUUGAUAAUUUUGUUGAAGCCACUGAUGCCCCUGAAAGUGAAGGAUCAUUGCUUAAUAAAGUGGAAGAGAAUGCAAAAGAAGCUGAGAGAGAACCCACUGUUGAAUCUGAAAUUGAUUUGACGACUGGAGAGGCAGAGUCUUCUGGCGAAGUCAUCAAUACGGGUAAAGAUGUAUCUGAAAAUACUGAUGGAUUAUCAAAGGAAGAAUUGGGCAGGCUUGUUGCUUCUCGUUGGGUCAAAGAAGAUGUUGGUGCAAGAGGUGCUGAAGCUGACACUGCAUUAGACAAUGAAGAUCAGGAAGAUCUCCCACACGGGACAACUAAUGGCGAUAGUGAAGGAUAUGCUUCUGAAAGUGACGAUGAAAACCACAAAUAUGACGAAGAUGUAAAUGACGACGAAUUUCAAGAUGAUGAGAACGAUGACCUUAGUUCCUCAUACAAAUCUGACACUGAGGCCGAACCAGACUUGUCAGAUGUUACCACAAAAGACGAUCCUUCUUGGUUAGAGAAAAUACAGAAAUCUGUGUGGAAUAUUUUUCAUUCUGUCAAUAUAUUCCAGACACCUGUGAACCAGUCAGAUGCUGCUCGUAUACGCAGGGAAUAUGACGAAUCAAGUACUAAGUUGUCUAAAAUACAGUCUAGAAUAUCGAGCCUGACGCAAAAGCAAAAACUUGAUUUUGGUCCAGCAAAGGAGUUUUAUUCAUUCUAUGGUCGUUGCUUUGAGAGCAAGCAGAACAAGUACACUUACAAAGUCUGCCCCUAUAAACAGGCUACUCAGGAGGAGGGCCAUUCCACCACCCGUUUGGGUGGCUGGGACAAAUUUGAGGAUUCAUACAAAGUAAUGGUGUUUUCUAAUGGUGAUAAAUGCUGGAACGGUCCUGAUAGGAGUUUGAAGGUCAAGCUAAAAUGUGGGUUGUCGAAUGAGAUUACUGAUGUAGAUGAACCAAGCCGCUGCGAGUACGUAGCUUUAUUAGCUACUCCGGCCCUUUGUCAGGAAGAAAAGCUGAAGGAAUUACAAGACAAGCUAGACUUACUGAAUUCGGAACAACCAGAAAGCCAUGAUGAGUUGUGAAAAACCAAAUGGAUUUUAAUUGCCAGUAUGAAGAUCACGGAACAACUGAAGAAAUCGUGCCCUUAAGUUUUGUAUGCUAGAGCUUACCCAAAUUUAAUAUUGGUUAAGGUUAGGGAGGGGCUAGGACUAGUAACGGGUUGCCAAUAUUCUGAUAUGACAAAUUCCUUAGCACAUUUUUCUCUUAUUAAAAUCACAAUGACUACCUGGUAUGUGGCUCUCCUUCAGACUGUGCAUUCCAUUUUCAAAGGAAUGAUCUUUAUACUAUUCAAACAACUAGACGGUCACAGAGGUUCUAAAACAAUUUUUUGUUCAAAUGAGUUGACAUUAUUAAUAUUAGAUGGAUUAGUGGUUUGAACAACCAUCUUAUACA